CCCACACACGUAUCGGUUUAAGGUUGUACACGGCUCGGUUAGCGUGCAUUCAGCAGAUUAUUCUUGUAUCUCGCCUUGACGUACAUCGACACAUGUAACUUGUUCAUCUGAAUAGUAGCUGGUGUCCAGGUCGUAGAUGAUGCCACAAGACAACGCCGCCGAUAGAAUAUGACAGGGAGGGCGUAUUUCGUAAUUGUUGUUUUACUGAACGUACAGGGUAUUCGGUGUGAGACGUGUGUUGCCUCGAACUCCGCCGGCCAUGCGAGGCACUUUGACUGCGACACCGGGUGCUGCGGAGAAGGGGAAGAUGCGGACUGCUGUAUGAGUGGUGUCGCAAUCGCUGCGAUUGCAUUUGGUUGCGUCGUCUUCAUCUGCAUCAUUUUCGCCAUCAUCCUGGCAGUCGUGAAAUAUCAGAAUCGGAAUCAAAGGACAGUAGGCCCAGUACCCGACAACACACGGCGCCGUGACAGAACACGCUCGACUAAAGAUCCUGCACAAAGACCCCGAGGCGAGAAUCCAGGUCCCCUGGCGGCAAGACUGACACUUCACCCCCCACUGUUUCCGAGGCCAGAAUUUGAUAAAGACAUCUCCCAACAAACCUCCCAAUGAGAUGACACGUGAAUGUCAUGUAAAUCGGGAUUGUAUAUUAUAUAUAUGGCGUCAUCUUCUGUUCUUUGUGAUGAAGAGCGUUUCUGCCCGAUAGCUGUAAUAUUUCAGUUGUUAUGUUUGAUGUUCAUGGUGUUGGUAUGGGAAUCGCAUGUUUAACUGUGUUCCCUGCAAAUUGCUUUUAAAGAGGAUGGCCUAGUUGUCUGAAGUGCAGCAAUUCGCUGAUCAGAGUUGCGUCCCUUUGGCGUGCCAGUAACCAACGAUUUUGAGUACGAUUCGCCCUGGUUAUGUUUCUAGGUUUGUCCUGUGCUCGUGCUCGUUGGUUUCACCAAAGUGGUGAAAUCCACACCAAACACGCACAAUAUAUACUCUGCAAAAGCAGUAAAAUCGUAUAUAUCGGACAAAGAGUUGCCGACAUCAAUCCAAAAAUAAUACCCAAAAUGAAUUGGUCAUUUCUGCAUGGAUUGGGAUUGAUUUGUGUGGAAAGAAUGGGGUACUGCAGGAAUUUGGUGAAAGGUGGAAAAAUCGCAAGACCACAACCCCAUCAAAUCCUGGCGCCGACACAAACCAACAUGACAUGCAAGUGCAACAUCACUUGUUGGGCUAUAAAAAACGUUGAGUUUCGUUUGCAAGACAUCACAAUCUCACAGCAAGCGAACUGCGACAAUAUGCCAUGAUUGAUUGAAGCCCAACGCAACAACGCCGUCGGCCGACUGCAAACAGGAGAAUCAUCUCCAGCUGUAGCCAGAUUUGUUUCCAUGUAGCACCAUACACCAUUACAAGACUGUGUAGCCGUUAUCAGACACAUGUUACCGUUAGUCUAUUGAAUGAUGGCUUGUGGCGGCGAAUGUGGACUGCUUCUGUUAGUUUUCUUUUAGUGAAGUAAGAUUAGUUUAUAACAUUGACUGUUACUGUGGCCAAUCCUGCAUAGGUGAAACAUCCCGCCCCAUCAACACCAGAAUCAAAGAACUCAAAACUUCAACCAUCAAAGCAGACAGUAAAUCAGCCAUCUCGGACCAUAUCAGCAACUGCCCCAAUCACAUCAAUACCAGCCAAUUUUAAAAUGUUCAGUAAUGAGUUGGCGUAAAAUGCUACUUAAUGAUAGUUACAUUUAUUAUGAUAGGAAUUACGUGUCACCAGGGGGACAAUAAUUUUACGGUACUUUAACCUCCUUGGCAGAGGCUUUUAUAAUCUGAUGAAAUGAGUGAGUUAGGUUUAACGCCGCUUUUAACAAUAUUCCAGUUAUAUCACGGUGUGUUAGCUUAAUGUGGGAGGAAAGCCCGAA